UUUUAUGUUUAAUCUUUGCUAUAAAGUAUUAGAAGUAGUAACUAAGUUUAGUCAAUAUUAAUGAUGAUAAAUAAUAUUACUUUUUGAAAAAUAUAUGGAGAGUGGAGAUCACAUGGAGGAAGAUAAUAUAAAGAUCGAUUCCACUACCUUUCCUUGCUCAAAAAGGAUUCCUCAACCUCCACAUACUCUCUCUUUUGACGUCUCACCGUCUUCCACCUCAAGUCGCCACAUAUUUCUAUUUCUGUCCUCAGCGGAGUUGACAUGGAGUCGAUUUCUCCGGUGAGGACGAGGAGCUCCAGUUAUGAUCAAUCUCGUCGUAAGCGGAAGAAGAAACCGCCUUCACCAUCGUCGUCGCUUUCUCAGUCUCAGCUCUCGGUGCAGAAAUGGAGAUCGGAGAAGCAACAACAGAUCUACUCGACUAAUAUCAUUCAAUCUCUCAGGGAACUCCGUAUCAGCGCCGCCGCGGUUCCAUCUGCAAAGCUGCCUCCUCGAGGCGGAGGUAGAGCCGUACGCGACGCGGCUUAUAGGUCCCUGGCGGUUACGGCGAGAGGUAGAACGCUGUGGAGCAGAGCUAUACUGUCUAAAGCUGUGAAAGUGAAACUCAAGUUUAGGAAACAUAACCGGCCGAGAAACCCGAAUCCUCCGACGAUGGCGUCGAUAACCGGGAAUAACCGGUUAAGAAAGAAGAGAGCUACGGUUUUGAGGCUGAAGGGGAAGGGUUUGCCAGCUGUAAAGAAGAGAGUGAAACUGCUGAGCCGGUUAAUUCCCGGUUGUCGGAAACAACCGUUACCGGUGGUUUUGGAUGAGACGACCGAUUAUAUUGUUGCGAUGCAGAUGCAGAUUCGUGCUUUGAAUGCCAUUAUAUCCGCAGUUGGCUCCAGCUCCAGCUCCAGCUCGGCGCCACCGCUACAGACGCCGGAGACAGGUCAUGAUGGCGAAGAGACACACAUGCUCGGUUAGCUUGGCCCAGCUGUCUUUUUGUAUCUGUUCUGUUUUUUAAUACUUUAUAUCUAAUCAUGAUCUGUUUUUUAUUACAAUUAAAGCUUUGAUUUGUUAUGUAAGAAAUAUUGUGAAAAUUGGUUGAUACUGAAAGUGAGUAUUUUAUUUUUGCUUAUCUACUUGCGUUAGAAGCUUGUGUUAUAGUUA